AUGUUGUUUUCCAACACCUCUCUUAUUGGGCAGGGGCUGUCUACUCUUUGUGCUCUUCUGGAGGUAUGUUCCAUAACUUUAUCCAGAUAGGGAAGGCAAUCUCUUUUACGGGUAGAUUUGCAGUUCUUGAGGAUGUCAAUUGCUUCUUCCUUUUUGUUAUUCCCAUUGUUGUCUGCUGUUGUGGUCUUUGGUUGCUUUAGUUUUUAAAUGCAUUUACGAUUUUAACCUUUAAUUAACCCCAAAAUUGCAAGGAGGAGACUGUGUAAAAGAAACACACCAGCUAGAAAGAGUUUAGUUUGAAAAGAGCACUUAAACUUCAAAUCAUACCAUAAACCGGUAUACAUCAGGUGAUGUUAGUUAUCUCUAAAGCAGAAGAAGGAUAAGAAGUGCGCCAAAUAAAUAUUCCAUGUACUUGUGUUGUCUAAGAUUUCGUAUCCACUCUGCAGGGAUACUUUUCCCACAAUAAGUUUGGCUAUGUGAACUCUCUCUACUUUGGUGGGGCACCUGAUGUAGCGCUUGAGGUGUACAGGGUUUUCUUAUCCCCUAUGGAAGGAUAA